CUGAUGCAACAGUUUUGUCCUGAAGAAGACGCAGUCAGCUUCAAACGGGGACCAGUGAGAUCCACAGACACACUGAAUCAGGAGCCAUGAUGAUGGAGGUCGUUUAUGUUGCCGUGGCUGCGCUCAGUCUUCUGUCUGUGGGACAGUCGGCUCCCGUGACGAGCUGUGAGACUCUAAUCCAACCUCUUGUGAUCCCGGGAAGAGACCAGCUGCUGGGGAAAUGGAUAUAUGCAGCAGAAAGCGUAACCAUUCCAGGGGCCAGGUUGCUGACCGAUCUGCUUGCGGGAAGCGCCUGGAGCAAAAUGACGUCUGCCAACGAGAGUGAUGCCAUCGAUCUAGUUCAAGUUCAAUCAACCAUUGACCGAUGCUACUCUCUAAGAACUAAGCUGACCUUGCAAAACAGCACUCUGUAUAUGGAGCAUCCUUACCCUGCUGUUGUCACCCUGCUGAACACUGGCUGUUCUGACUGCCUUGUUUUAUUCUCAAGAUUCACCCUUGGAAGCGCAUUCAGCAGCCUGCAGCUCCUGAGCAGGAGAAGGGGAGUGUCUGUUGCUGAGAAGCAGGAGUUUCUCAAGCAGGUAGAGUGUCUGAAUUUACCAUCACCUGCUUUCCUGGACCCAGAGAAAGGUUUGUGUCCAGAUGAUUCUCUCUCUCUAGGAAGCGAGACCAUUGACAUGACCAGUGCCAUCGAUGACCUGAAGUCUGAGUGGUCUAGCAUGCUUGGCAACAUUACAAGCAUGAUAGGAUUGGACACCCUGCUCAAACUGUUCUCCAAGUGAAGAGCAUGAUUCAAAUAAAAUCAACUAAUCACAACAUAAUGAAAACACCAAGUCUAUGUGAAGACAAGUCUUCUAUUAAAAAGUAAGAGGUAUCAGACGUA